CAUGACUUUGGAAUGUAGAACCUCAAGCUGCCAUUAUGGAUUUGGAGCGCCUAGCUAAUUACCCGGCGAGGAGGGUUAUCGUAGGGAUAUAAUUACAUUCUUCUUGCUUACUUAAUUAUAUUCCGGCUGUUCAAAGUCCGUUCACGUGCGCACAUAUAUUGGACGUGGCGCAUACUUAUUAAAACAGCAUCACUUUCAGUGCAUCCGAGCAGAACAGAUUCAUCGUACUCAUAUUUUAGCAUUUGGAUAAUUUCAGCUAUGGCGCCGAGUCUCGAAGUCGAUCGCCAGCCAGAUAUUCACCAUCUCGGCAUCGAUACACCGCCCUACUCCGAUACCCCAGAAAGUUUUAAACCUACCAACGCGAGCUAUGUUAUUAGAGAAGAGCCGAUUCGUACGCGGAGACCUUUGCGGGUGGUGUGUAUGGGUGCUGGGUACAGUGGUUUGAUGAUGGCGAUUGUGAUAUCGAAGCAAUUGCAAGAUAGUAAUUUGGAAUUUGUCAUCUAUGAGAGAAACAAAGAUCUCGGAGGGACUUGGCUGGAAAACAGGUAUCCCGGAUGCCAAUGCGACAUUCCAGCCCACAAUUACGCUUACAGCUUUGAGCAAAACCCCGAAUGGCCGAACUACUACGCCACUUCGGUUCAAAUUCACGAUUAUUUGAAGAAGACAUCGACGAAAUACAACACUGACCGAUAUAUGAACUUCGACCAUGAGAUCCAGUCCGCAGUUUGGAAUGAAUUAGACGGGAAAUGGAAUAUUACAAUCCAGAACGGAAGUCGUACUAUUGAGGACAAGUGUGAUGUUUUCAUAAAUGCGGGCGGCGUUCUGAACGCCUGGAAGUAUCCUAACAUUGAUGGUAUCGAGCUAUUUAAGGGAAAGCUCCUUCAUUCAGCAAGUUGGGACGAAGCGUACGACUUCCAAGACAAGAAAGUAGCUGUAAUUGGGAUUGGCUCGUCUGGAAUUCAAAUAGUGCCAAAACUCGCGCCAGUGGCGAGCCAUCUAACAUCUUUUGUGAGAUCAAAGACGUGGAUCUCACCAGGGCCUGGGAUCAAUGAGCCGACAGAAAAUGACCCAGACACUGAUGAUCAGCAUAAUUAUGCCCCCCACGUGCUUCAAAAAUUCAAAGACGACCCAGAAUACCUUCUUCAACAUCGCCGUGAUGUAAUGGAUCGGAGGAUAGACAAUUUUAAAAGAGCCCACAGCGCUUCAGAGGCACAAAAGAAGGCACAACAGCUUUUUACGAAGACUAUGACAGAGCGGCUUGGAAGCAGUGAGAAGGGAAAGAAGCUUGCAGAAAUGCUUAUUCCUGAAUUUCCUGUUGGUUGUCGCAGACAAACCCCUGGCCCGAACUUUCUGGAAACGUUGAUCCAGCCAAACGUCGAAACGAGAUGGGAUGAUAUUGCGAAAAUAACCAAAAAGGGAAUUUUGACCAAGAGUGGAGAAGAAUUAGAGUUUGAUGCAAUAGUUUGUGCUACUGGUUUUGAUACGUCUUUCCAGCCUAGAUUUCCCAUUAUUGGGAAAGAUGGAGCGAGUCUCGGUGCGCAGUGGAACGAUACUCCGGAAGCAUAUUUCGGCAUAACUGUUCCCAACUUCCCCAAUUAUUUUUGUUUUAUUGGGCCUAAUUUCCCAAUCUCAAACGGCUCACUUGUUCUCGGCGUGCAAGCAGUCAGCAGCUACAUUUACAACUGCAUCAACAAGCUUCAGACUGAGAAUGUCCGUUCAAUGGAAGUCAUGACAGAAGCAUGUAAUGAUUACAACGAACAUCUUCAAACCUACCUCCAGCGAACAGUCUGGGUAGAAAAUUGUCGAAGCUGGUAUAAACGAGGAACAACAGAUGGGAAGGUUGUGGCAAUCUAUGGAGGCACAACCUUCCAUUAUACUGAAGCCAUUCGCCAACCACGUUGGGAAGAUUACCGAUUCAAAUUAAUACCAUCUGAAAAUGGCAACAUAAAUCGGUUUGCAUACCUUGGAAAUGGAUAUACGAAGAGAGAGACACGGAAAGGAACGAUUGGGGAUACACAGACCCUGGGGUUUGAAGACUAUUGGAAAUUGAUGACUUUGCCGAAUAUAUAUGAAUGAUUUCAAUUUUUAGAUAGCCUGUAGGUCUAUAUAGGUAAAAUUUAUUGUUAUUUAAGAUC